AUGGCGCUGCAACUCAUACCAACACCGGGACGGCGGGAUCACAAGCCUGGGCAAGUGGAGUUUCAACAUGUUCUGGCAUAUGGCGAGUCGCAAGCACAUCGUUUCGUGUGGGGUCGCGACAGCAUGGUUCGAUGCUUAUUCUACGGGGAGGAGCGCAAACAAUUUCUACAAGCAGUGGAAACGGCAUGUUCAGAUGAGCGCUGGGCAACAGUGGAUGGCACAGAACAGACGUGGCAGGUGUUCAACGAGGCCAUUCAAGAUGUUUCCAAGCGGUUCUUCACCAAAGCUAGUCACACUGCGAAGCGGCACCCGCAAGACACCGAGGCAGCAUUCUCGAACAUGCCGGCCGCUAGACAUCAACUGGUUUCGCAGCCUGACCGCAGGGUAUGCAUACAUGACCCGAUGCAUCAAGACUUGCAGUUACUCCUUCAUCGGUGGAAGCUUGUUCCUACAUUCAGACGGACAAGGAGGGAGCAUGACGAACUCUGCAAGCGUGACCGCCAAGUUGCUGAGAGGUCGCUUCUCGGUGAGUUCAACCAUUAUUGGCGCACUGGACACAUGGCUAAUGUGUGGAGUGGAGCACCGCUCGGCGCCUCUCCGGCAAAGCACUGGGGCCCAAACGGCGGCGAUAUGAUGUACCUUUACGAGAACAGCCCAGCAAGAAAACAUGGGAGGCAUUUUUCGCAUUGGAUGGAGCAGAUAGUGGAUGCCGCGCCGUGUGGCAACAUGGCCAGCCGCAAUCUGCUCGGCGUUACGCUGCGGGAUACAAAAGAGGAAAAUCCCUCAUUGAAGCAAGUGUUCAGCAACAUGUGGUGGGAUAUCGCCUUCGACAGCAUAAGUGCUCGUACAACAAAUGCCUUUGAUGUGGCCAACGCGUUUUACAGCCUUUACCACGACUGCCCUCAUGAAGCAAUGUCUACAUGCGUGCAUGAUGAUGACAUUGGGUUGGUCAAGCAAAGGUACCGUGACAAAGCAGUGUGUGUCGAGGCGAGAGAUGGCCGGGUGUGCGUACGACCGCAAACCGGCGCACUGCAGGGAGACACAUGUGCUUCAGACAUUUUGCUGGAAGUUUAUCACCCACGAAUUGACUGGUGGAAUGACAGGUCUCCGCAAAUCCUUGUCAAGGACCCCGUCACUCGUCAUGUUGUGGAUGUGUCGCUAUCCACAUAUGCAGGUGAUGUGUCGAAAACGAUCAUGUGCACGGAUGCAGCGGACUUGGGAACUCAAGUGGAUGUAUUCAACUUCCAUCUUGACGUAAGUCUGGAGCGAGCUGGUAUGGCUCAAAACAAAGAGAAGCAAGAACACGUCCCGUGUUUCUGUGGUCAGGGCACGCAGCAACAGUACAAGAACAUUCUUCAAGAUCAGACAUUGCCUGGCAGUUCCAAGCGUAGCGCUAAAUACUUGGGUGGACAGCAACAUCAUCUGGACACCUGUGAAGAUGAGAUACAGCAGCGAGAAAGGGCAAGCUCGCGCUAG